AUGCUUUUCUCACGCUACGGCGCCCUCUUUGGGCUGCUGGGCGGUCUCGUCGAGGCCUCGCCCGCCCCUAUUCACCGUAUGGGUGACCUGAUUCACCGCGGUGAUAUGUCAGUGGCCAAGCGGACUCUGUCUCCUUGCACCUUCGACCUGGGCAAGCAAUGGCAGGGCGAGACUCUCUUUAAGGGUGUUGCUGCCCCUGCCACUGAGACGGCCGCCGCUAUCUCCCUGGAUGUCAGCCUUCCUGAGGCUGCUGUUGCCGGUUCCAUCACUGUCGAUGUCACCGACUCCUUCCUAAUUGCUCCCACUGUCCGCGUCGGCCUGGCUGAUAUCAAGGCUUACGUCCAACUGGCUCUCGGUGCCACUGCCGGUGUCUUCGAGUCUAUUGAGCUGUUCGCCUCUGAGAAGCUUUCCGUUGAGAUCCCAGGCCUCCUUGAGAUCGACCUCGGCGCUGCUUUCGCCCUCGAUCUCGUGAUUGGCAUCGAUGCCGCCGUCCAGGUCCUUGCUGGUUUCUACGUCGUCUUCCCGGCUGACGCCUACAUUGAGAUCAACCUGCUUACCAAGGAGAUUGUCAACACCCAUCUUGAGGGUCUGACUGCCCAGUCUCUGCCCAUUGCUGUUGGUGCCGAGGUGGACCUGUCUGCUGAGAUUGAGCUCAGCCUUGGUCUCCGUCUCCGUGCCGGUCUUGAGCUCGAUGCUGACCUUGACAUUCUCGGCCUCGACAUUGGUGCCGGUGCCGACGUUGCCAUCUGGAUCAGCCUCUUCGACUACACCACUGUCCUCGUCCAGACCACUGACUGCCCCGUCUCCGUCUCUGAGACCUUCGCCCUCGACGUUGGUGUUGCCAUUGAGCUCGAUGUUGAAUUGCUUGAUCUCCUCGAGCUCAACCUCGCUCCCUCGAUCGCUGUCACCCUCGCCACUGCUCCUGCCGCCACAGUCUGCAUUCCCGAGCUCGGCGGUGCUGGUGUUCCCAGCAACCCUGGCGGCCCCCAAAUCGGUGCCGGCUCUGGCUCCGACUCUGACUCAGGCUCUGGCUCUGAUGCCGGUUCCGACGCUGGAUCUGACUCUGGCUCCGACUCUGGCAGCGAUUCCGGCUCGGACUCUACUGCCAGCGCUUCCGCUUCUGCUGCCGUUUCUGCCACUGAUGCCAUCCUGAGCUCUGUUACCAGCGCCAGCGCCAGCAGCUAUGGCACUGGUGCUCCCAUCUAUCCCAGCUCUACUGGUGGCUCAUGGAACGACACUGGCCUGAUCACCUCCACCGUCACGUCCACUGCCACCUACACCAUCACAUCUUGCGCUGCCUCCGUGCACAACUGCCCGGCCUCUUACACUCAGAAGGUCGUCACCGUGGUCACUCACGUUACCACCACUGUCUGCCCGGCUACUCAGACCUCUGCUGGCCCCACGGCCUACUCGACUGCCUCUAGCUCUUCCAGCUACAGCGUCCCGUCUCCCACCAGCCCGGUCGCCAUGUCUCCUUGCCCGACCCCGAGCACCAGCACCGUUGUCAUCCCGACUUCGUGCCCCAAGCCCGUGCCCACCAUCACCAUCGAGGACACGACCACCAUCUGCCCGGCCACCUCCACUCUGGCCACUGGCACUGGCUCUGGCUACCCCUCUGGCCCGGCUCCCACCACCUACCCUGGUGAGACCAAGCCUACCACGACCGCCGAGGCUCCGGCCCCGACCUACCCGGCCAGCUACCCGGUCGUGACCCCUCCUGCCUCGACCUACCAGCCUAGCGCCAGCGCUCCGGCUCCCUCUGCGCCGUGCAGCACCUGCCUGCCCGUUGAGGCCGGUGUUGGCCGCGUUGUCGGUGGUGGUCUGAUGGCCGCCCUGCCGCUCCUGGCUGCCCUCCUGUAA